CACACUGUGCCCACCUGCUCCAGGAUGCCGGACACCAUGCUAUCCGCCUGCUUCCUGGGCCUGCUGGCCUUCACCUCCGCCUGCUACUUCCAGAACUGCCCGAGGGGUGGCAAGAGGGCCAUGUCUGACCUGGAGCUGAGACAGUGCCUCCCCUGCGGCCCCGGGGGCAAAGGGCGCUGCUUCGGGCCCAGCAUCUGCUGCGGCGACGAGCUGGGCUGCUUCGUGGGCACGGCCGAGGCGCUGCGCUGCCAGGAGGAGAACUACCUGCCGUCGCCCUGCCAGUCGGGCCACAAGCCGUGCGGGAGCGGGGGCCGCUGCGCCGCCGCGGGCAUCUGCUGCAACGACGAGAGCUGCGUGACCGAGCCCGAGUGCCGGGAGGGCGCUGGUUUUCACCGCCGCGCGCGCGCCAGCGACCGGAGCAACGGGACCCAGCUGGAAGGGUCGACCGGCGCCCUGCUGCUGAGGCUGGUGCAGCUGGCGGGGGCGCCCGAGCCCGCGGAGCCCGCCGCACCCGGCGUCUACUGAACCGCCCGCUCCCCCCUCCCGCCCCCG